GGGGGCUGCUGCCCGCUCGCGGUGCGGCAGGGGCCGGGGCGACCGCUGGGGCUCGGGGCACGGACGGAGGAGCUGAAAUGAUACAGAAAACUGUUAGAAGCUUUGACUGCAAAAUGAGCUCCUUCUACUUGAUGCUGAAAGGAGGUAAACCAAAGCUGCAAGAAUUAUGAUCAGCUCUUUGACAAGUUACAGGAAAACCACAUACAAGGCAACUAAAUAAAGGCUAUGCAUAAGAUGACAUCUACAUUUUUGCUUAUUGGUCAUCUAAUUCUAGUCAUACCUUUGUUCAGUGCUGAAGAAUGUGUUAUUUGUAAUUACUUUGUUCUUGUUGGAGAACCUACAGCUAUCAGUUGCCCAGUAAUUACAUUACCAAUGCUUCACUCUGAUUACAAUCUGACCUGGUAUAAAAAUGGUAGUAAUACACCGAUAACCACGGAGAGACAUGCCAGGAUCCAUCAGAGGAAAGGCUUGCUUUGGUUUAUUCCUGCAACACUUGAAGAUUCUGGACUUUAUGAAUGUGAAGUAAGGAGUCUUAACCGCUCUAAACAAAAAAUUAUAAAUUUAAAAGUCUUUAAGAAUGAUAAUGGUUUGUGUUUUAAUGGAGAAAUGAAGUAUGACCAAAUAGUGAAGAGUGCAAAUGCUGGAAAGAUUAUAUGUCCUGAUCUAGAAAACUUUAAAGAUGAAGACAAUAUUAAUCCUGAAAUACACUGGUAUAAGGAGUGUAAGUCUGGAUUUCUUGAAGACAAGCGACUUGUUUUGGCAGAGCGUGAAAAUGCCAUAUUGAUCCUCAAUGUUACUCUACAAGACAAAGGAAACUACACAUGCCGUAUGGUAUAUACAUUCAUGGGAAAACAAUAUAAUGUUUCACGCACCAUGAAUCUGGAGGUUAAAGAAAGUCCACUGAAAAUGAGACCGGAGUUUAUUUAUCCAAACAACAAUACAAUUGAAGUGGAACUUGGCUCUCAUGUAGUCAUGGAAUGCAAUGUGUCAAGUGGUGUGUAUGGCUUGCUUCCAUACUGGCAAGUUAAUGAUGAAGAUGUUGAUAGCUUUGACAGCACCUACAGGGAACAGUUUUAUGAAGAGGGAAUGCCUCAUGGGAUUGCUGUGUCUGGAACAAAAUUUAACAUUUCAGAAGUGAAAUUAAAGGAUUAUACUUAUAAAUUUUUCUGCCACUUCUUUUAUGAUUCUCAAGAAUUUACAUCAUACAUCAAAUUGGAACACCCAGUUCAGAACAUUCGGGGUUACUUGAUUGGAGGAGGAAUUUCUUCGGUAUUUUUAUUAUUUCUUAUACUCGUUAUCUACAAGAUCUUUAAAAUCGAUAUUGUCCUUUGGUAUCGGAGCUCCUGCCAUCCUUUUCUGGGUAAAAAAGUUUCAGAUGGAAAGAUCUAUGAUGCUUAUGUUCUAUAUCCAAAGAACAGAGAGAGCUGCUUGUACUCAUCAGAUAUUUUUGCUCUGAAGAUACUGCCAGAAGUCUUAGAAAGACAGUGUGGAUAUAACCUCUUUAUAUUUGGGAGGAAUGAUUUAGCAGGAGAAGCUGUGAUCAGUAUUACUGAUGAAAAAAUCCAUCAAAGUAGAAGAGUAAUAAUUAUCUUAGUACCAGAACCAUCAUGUUAUGGUAUUCUAGAAGAUGCAUCUGAAAAACAUCUUGCUGUGUAUAAUGCUCUUAUCCAGGAUGGCAUAAAAAUAAUUCUGAUUGAACUUGAAAAAAUAGAAGAUUAUGCAAACAUGCCAGAAUCCAUCAAAUAUGUUAAGCAAAAGUAUGGAGCUAUCCGAUGGAACGGGGACUUCUCAGAAAGGUCACACUCAGCAAGUACAAGGUUCUGGAAAAAAGUGCGUUACCACAUGCCCUCCAGAAAACAUGGAUCUUCAUCAGGAUUUCAUUUGUCACCAUAAGACUUGAAUUCUUCCCAAGCAACAACAGAAAAAUGACAGUGACUGACAAAGUUUAUGUAAUUGGUGAUGGACUGAUAGAAGGUCAUAUUUAUCUGUUUUGCACAAACAAUCUCACCCAAACUUUCUGGAUUGAAGGUACUACAACUUUAUCUACAGACGUGAAUCAUAUUUUCUUCUGACCACAACAUUAGAAUGUCUUGAAGUGUCAUCAACAGCACAGUGAUGGCAUGGAAACCUUUAGGAAGUACUUAAGAACUCUUCCAAGAAUUGCACUGUGAUUUUCUAAAACAUUUUAACAUUUUUUUAAACAUUAAGAAAACCCCAGAAAAAUACUUCCUACAAUUAAAGGAUGAGUAUGAAGGAAACUGUAUAAAUUAAUUGUAAUUGUGAUGUUAUAUAAUGGACUUGGUUGAUGCUGGUAAGUGAUUGUUAUUUUUGUUGUUUUAUGAAAUGACAUGAAUUUUAAAACAUGAAGUUUAUUUGCUGCUUUGUUCAUUUUGCUCAAAGAUAAUUCCAUCAUUGUUAGUGCAUCUGUGUGCUGUCACCCAAGAGAAAAGGUAAGAGACAAUCCCAACUUCCCCAGAAUGCUAUUCAACUUGACAAAGAGUAAAUUCUCUUUCCUGAUCUAUCUUACAUUUAAAGAACUGCAUGGUUUUCGGCCCCUUAUGCUAUUCAGACAUCAUUAAAAUUAUCACUGUAUUGUUGUUCCUAAUCUUAAAAUGUUUAAUGUCCAGAGGACUUUUAUCUUGUUAAGUGCCUUAGUAUAUUUGUCCUUUAUUACCAUGUGGAGCUACAAGCUCAUGACAGAUUCUCUCAUGCAGACUAGAGAAUUGUUGGCUUUGUCCCUGACAUCUCAGGGACCAAAGGUGCUUCAGGGCACAGACUACAAAGCUGGGUUGUCCCCAUGUGUUGCUGAUGCUGGAAGUGAGCAUGUUUCCCCUCCAAUUCCCAGCCAGGGCGCUGGCUCCAGCAUUUGUCAGCUCUGAAAGCUUAAGCUACCUGAACAGACUAAUGUGGCAGAGAUGCUUUUCUGUUCUCCCACAUCAGUGAGUUUAUCAUUCCUGGAAGGGUCACUGUGCAGUGGAAAAGGAAAAAGGAUAGAGUGGUCAUGCUUGGUAGCUCUAUGUGCAUUUAGAAAAUAGAGCUGAAAUAACACUGUUGCCCAGAGAGAGAAGGCUGGAGUCCAGUGGUUUUACAUUGGAGUCACAGCUUUCAGAUGGUUGUUUGGGAAUGGAAGUUGUUAAAACUUAUUGUGGAUGCUGAAUGCUUUUUCUUUCCCUCUUUCUUACUUCUGCAUUUUUUGGCAACUUUAUGUACAACAUGGAUUUAUUAACUUCGAAGCUGAGACUUGUGUGGACGGUGAUGCAGUUUUUAAUGAUAGAUUCUCUUGAAGGGGGAUUGUUUGUUUUUAGAGAAAUCAUCAAAUCUAUUUAGCGUCAUGUUUGUAGAAAGAAGAUUUACAGGAAUAAGAGAUGUGAGAGUUAAACUACCUGUGCUUUUCAUUUUCUGCUCAAGUUUCCACUUCUAAGUUAGAGAUUUAGUUUUGUAUGGAAGCUUCAGUGUUUAUCUCUUACAAGUGAACUGUGUAGUCUAAGUAUAAGCAUAGCUGGUCCUUGUGAACAAACUUAGAAAAUUUCAGAGUUUGAACUGUAUGCUAUCUGGAAACUAACCUGUGGUUCAAGUUAUCAUACACAGGCAUUGCUUCAUUUUGCUGCUAGUGGCUUUCAACUAUUAGUUCCUUUUUAAAAACAAACAAACAAAAAUGUUCUGGGAAGAUAAGUAUUGAACUGUUCUUGUGAUUUUUAAAAUGUAGGUAUAAUGACCAAUUGCCAGUGUUCUUGAGGAAACAAUAUGACAGAUCUGCUAAUGGUGUGUGGGUAUGGAAAAGGCACAAAGCUGGUUAAUAAACUUAAAGUGAAGUUCUGGCUUAUGUAACAGUUGCAAAAUAGGUAGGUAGUUAUACCUAAGGCAGAGAGAUUGAGAGAGAAUGGAAAGAAUGAAGGAAGCAAAAAAA